CCCUGUACAAAAAUACACCACCGCGAAUAUUAUGUGCUUGCAUAUAAUGUCAGAUGCGCGUUUCGGAUGGCGCAAGUGCGGUUUAUUGAUCCUGCGUACUCUACACGAUGAUGCUGUGCUAAAACCUCGGCACGAUGGAAAGCGUCUUUCGGCUUAUCAUACGCAUAACUACCGCAUCCGAAUACAGUGCUCUAGUAUAGUGGAAUUAUUAUUGUUUCGGAAAAGUGUGAAAUGUGAAUUCCAUAAUACCAUAUUUUAGUCACGUCGUCCGUACGCUAUACAUUAGAGAUUAAUUGCCAAUUAAUUCGAGCGUGUGAUUUAUAUGUUCAUUGAUGUGCAUGGUGCAGGAGAUAAUUGCAACACUUAUAUUUGAUCAAAAUGCGUUCAGUUGCACUGACAGUAUGGUUUUUUUUAAACGUUGUACUUUUGGGCAUGUGCGGAUACAUUUAUCUACUUUGGCUACAAUAUUGGCGUCACAUAAGCGUCAAAAACCAACAAACUCAAGAAUUGACCUACACACAACAACAGCCUUACGUCGAGUAUUAUGACGAAGGUGAUUUCACAACCACUCAUCAGAAAAACGGAAAUCCAUUAAUGCGGAUUAGUGAAGCUCUUCUAGACAAGACGGAAAAAAUCAGGUUAUUUAAUUUCAAGAAUAAAAUUAUUGCCCGUCUAAGGCAGGUAAUAAUGAAGGAGAGUAGCAAUUACGGGUCCGUUAAAAACGAGAACCCUUACAAUGUUCCGUAUAGACCGCAAGCACCGAAUAACGUCAAAAGCGACUGGACGUGCAAUAUGGCUUCUAGCGUGGAGAAAUUUAGAACAUUAGAAAAAAAUGACAUUGAUCAUUUGUUGACCGAAAAUAUUCCGGAUGUACCACUGUUUGACGAUAACGAAGUAUUCGACACUUGUGCAAUCAUAUCCAAUGCGGCUACACUUCGCAAUUCGAAUCUCGGAUAUUUUAUAGACCAACAUGACUUGGUUUUGCGAUUUAAUAACGCUCCAACUAAAGGAUAUGAAAAAGAUGUUGGCUCAAAGACAACAAUACGUAUUUUAAACUCACAAGUUGUCACUAAACCACAAUUUCAAUUUGUAUCAUCACCAUUAUAUAAGCGGCUCAAACUUUUGAUGUGGGAUCCAUCAAAUUACACAUCGUCAAUUAACGAAUGGAUUAAGAGUCCUGAACAUAACUUUAUAAACAACUACAUAUCAUUUAGAAAAUCUAAUCCAAAAUCAAACUUUCAUGUUGUUCAUCCUCAAUAUCUGUGGCGUUUAUGGGAUUACAUACAAGAUCAUACUACUGCGCAUAUAAGACGCAAUCCUCCAUCCUCGGGAUUUUUAGGAUUAGCAAUGCUGUUGCCGCGAUGCACGGUCGUCAACAUGUUCGAGUUCAUACCGUCUGAAAGAAUGACACACCGAUGUCAUUACUAUCACGAAAAAGUCGACCUAACGUGCACAUUUGGGAUUUGGCACCCGCUGGCGGCCGAAAAACUACUGAUGCUGACAGCCAACACUAUGCCCGAUCAGACGGUAUUCCACACAGGGUUCCUCUCCAUCCCCGGUUAUAAAUCUCCGAUUUGCACUUCGUUAUAGUGACUAUACGAUGUAAAUUUAUUACACGCACUACACUGAUAUUAUGAUCAUUUUAUAUUAUUUUUUAUACACACGAUAUAGUAUAUAGCAAUAUAGGUAGGUACACAUGAUGGUACGUCAUUGCCAUCGUGUGUACCUAUUAUUAUAAUAACCACCACACGUAUAAUAAUUAUCAUUGCGUAACGGGAAUAUACCGUCUUGAUUUAGUGUACAUGGCUAUAUUGUCCAUAUUAGAGAGCAUUCGUGUUUUGUUAGUAUAUGAUUGGUAUUAUGACGUACAACAUCAUUAACUGCAAUCAACUUUGAACUUAUAUUAUCGCCGUCUUCUGAACAAUGUUUAUUCGUAGAUUAGGUAAAUAACACAACACGAAGUCUGACGUUGUAAUUUUUUAUUUUAUUAUUAUCUCAUAGAAACGAAAUAUUACCUAUAUUUUGUAUAGGAUUUAUGCAUAAUAAUAUUAUUAUAUAUUAAAUUAUAAUAUAGUACCGUGAAAAUGGCAACAACAUUUUUUUUUUAUAUUUUAUUCGGUGUUUAUAUUAUUAUAACAACGAUAACGGUUAAUCUGUUUAAAAAAGAUGUAUACCUAAUAUUUUAUUACGUAUUAUAUAUACGAACGUUAAUUAUAUAUUGUUAGCGUUACUACAAUAAUGACACAGUAUAAUGAUGUGUGCCAUAUUAUAUAUUAUUAUUUUAUCGACAUUAUAUUAUUAUGUUGUUGUCAUUUUCAAGUGCCAUCCGAAUUCCGAUCUCAGUGUUAGAUGGAAACCAUAACUUCUACACAUAAUGAGUAAUGACAAUAAUACGACCGUGCACGGUCAUAAUAAUAUAGAAAUAAUUUCGUAAUAUUUUAUUCAAAAUUACACUUUAAUGUGUAUGAUGGUCAAACAGAUUACUCAAAGUGCGUGUGACCUAUGGUAGUAAUAUACAGCCUGAGAACUGUAUUAUUCACUAGGUAUACAGUCUAUUGAGUAUAUAUAACAAACGUAUAUACCUUAUACCUACUAUAAAUAUUAUUAGAAAAACACAAACGAGAUAACAUAUUUUUUUGCGUUAUUAAUUAUUAUUAAAAUGAUAUACGACUUUAUACAAGCAUAUUUUAUCUAUGAUAUGUACAAGUUGACAUUUUUGAUAAAAAUAUUAUUAUAAUUUAUAAUAUUGAAGUAAAACAUUUGAUUAUAUUAAUGUAUUUAUUAUUACUUUCGAUUGUUCAAUUUAUUUAAUAGAUUAAUUAAGAAUUAUUUAAAAAUAAUGUGACUUAUUAGAAUAUAGUUAGUAAAUAACACAGUGUUUAAUGUUUCUAUAGAAUUUUAAGUUAACAGUAAAACAAACCUAUAAUUACAAAGUGUAUCGAUUGAGGGUAUACACUAACUAAAAAUAUGUAACGGUAGUACACAUUUAUCAAUACAUUUAUCCAUUUUUAAAACUUUAAGUAGGUAUUAUAAAUUAUAACAUUUAUAACUUAAUAUAGGUACUAAGAGAAUUAAAAAGCUUAAUAAAUUUAAUUCAUAAGUAUAAUAAAAAGUUCAAAAUUUUCAAAUCAAUUAUAUUUCUAUCUAACUUGCUUUAAGGUUUAUUGUACAAAUACGAUUAUACAUUUUAAAUUUUUUUCGAAAACUAUUGAUACCUAAUUUUUUUAGAACUCUAUGAUAUAUAAUCUAGGUGAGUAGAAAUCUGAGUAAAAGCCAUCAGUGUCUUAUAAUGUCUUGUCAAUGUUUUCUAACAUACGAGAUAAUUAAUUGUUUUAUAUAUAUUUUGGGAACUCUUUUCAACAAAUUACAAACAACAUCAAAAAUUCAAAAAUCCUAUAUUUAAGUUUGAAUUUUGAAAUACAAUCAAAAUAUAAAAAGUGUAUAAGGUGUAAAAUAGUGGCCGAGUAACUUCAUCUUUCAUAUAGGUCACACACUCACACAACAUACAUUUUUUUAGCUCAUAUUUCUUAUUGUAUAAAACAUUUUACAGUGUGUAUUUUAAAAAUUAAACAACAUUUUUUUCGAA